CAACAUCAACUUUUCACAUAGCAGUCAAAUCUAGAUCAUCACCUUGACUUCUUCACCUCGACUGCAUGCUCUGCAGCUAGGACUUAGAACAGCGGUACUCACAUUCAAUUAUCGAUGAGUUUUGCUAUGGAUUUACUCUUGUUGGCGACCAGCUGGGCUCACGUUCUUUUGGCACCAUACACAAAAGUCGAAGAAAGUUUCAACUUGCACGCCACCCAUGAUGUUCUUAUGUAUGGAGUUGGGAGGGAUAACUUGUACAAGUUUGACCAUAACACCUUUCCAGGCGCUGUACCGCGGACGUUCAUAGGAAGCAUUCUACUUGCGUGGCUCACUUCGCCUGUCGUCUACGCAGCGAGUCAGUGGGGUCUUCUAAGCACAAAACUUGAUCUUCAGAUAGCAGUGCGUUUGGUCCUUGCUACGCUGAAUGCAACAGGUCUCAUGUUGAUACGACGGGCCGUAUGUAGGCGAUUUGGCCGUCCAACUGGCCUCAUGUAUGUCCUCUUGACAUGUUCGCAAUUUCAUUUGCCGUUUUGGAUGGGCAGAACAUUGCCAAACAUGUUUGCAUUGUUCCCUGUCAACCUUGCAUUCUACGCGUUGUACGACAGAGCUCCGCACUCCCAGUAUCCUACGAGAAGGAGCGCUGAUGUUGCUUUUGCUUUGCUAACGUUCACUGCCGUGGUGUUCCGCUCGGAAGUUGUGCUACUACUAGCUCCUCUUGCUAUCCAAGCACUUCUUCUCCGACAUAUUAGUUUUAUGAGAUUGAUUCGAGUUGGUUUUCUGUCUGGCAUGUUGUCCAUUGCUUUGACUGUUACCAUCGACUCAUACCUAUGGAACCAGUGGCCUCUGUGGCCCGAAGUGUAUGGCAUAUAUUACAAUGUAUAUCAAGGCAAGAGCUCGGAUUGGGGUACAUCACCCGUGUAUGCGUAUUUCCUUUCACAUCUUCCAAAGCUUCUUCUUGGAUCCUUGCCAUUGGCUGUAAUCGGGGCUGUGUCGGAUAACCGUGUCCGGGCCCUAAUGUACUCCCCACUAGUCUUUAUUGCCCUCAUCAGUUGUUUGGGUCACAAAGAAUGGCGCUUCAUCAUCUACGUUGUUCCACUCUUCAAUAUCGCCGCCGCUCGGGGUGCCUGGUGGAUGGUAACCCGAAGGAAAGGUGGUAUUUUUGGAAGAAUUAUGUUUCUCGCAGCUACAGGCAUCCUUGCUCUGAAUUGUGUUAUCACUAUUGUAUCGACGUCGGCGUCGAUGGCAAACUACCCUGGUGGUUCUGCACUUACAACGUUCCACCAUCAAUAUGUAAACCGGCGUGCUGUGGAAGUUCACAUAUCUAACCUUGCAGCCCAGACUGGAGCCUCACUCUUCCUCCAGAACCAUUCACCGCCUCACAUCCCGUCCAUGACCGCACCAGUAACAAAUGAUUGGGUCUAUAACAAGACAGAAAAUUUGUCCCCGCGCGAUCUUACAAUGUUGACGCCUCUCACUCAUCUCAUUGCCGAGUCUUCGGUCGAGUUCACCAGGACCGGACGAUGGAAGUUAGUAGACAGCGUGCAGGGAUUCUCAAGAUGGAAGUGGAACCUCCCCCGGGGUGGCAUCGCCAAGGUUCUGGAAGUUCCCCUUCAUCAAUGGUUAAGCGUGUUGGAGAUGGAGACAAGUGACCAGCUUUACAUAUUAGCGAGAGCAGAGUAAGAAAUCUGUCCCUAUGUAUAUAUCUUCUUUGGAAAUCUGGGCCAUGUGUGGAAAUAUAUUACUUUAUCUGUUA